AUGGAUUUGCAUAUAAAUAAAAACCCAGCCAGUGCAGAGAAGAGCAACGAGGAUGAUCCCAAUGUUAAAGGAAUGCAUGAGAAACAAACUCUUCAGUCUGAAAAGGAGAUUUCUAGGAGGGAACCUAAUAGAGAAAGAUCAGUUAUUGUUGGUGCUUACAGCCUUGUUGACUCUGAUGAUGUUGUCACCAAAGAAGAGCAGAUAUACCUUCUUGUUGGGGCAAAAACAGAUUGUGACCUAAACAUAUCUACCCAGCCUGAGGAAGAUGGAUUUUGCACUGCGGAAUGGGAUGGAUUAACGUGCUGGCCAAAAGGACCCCCAGGAGAGGUAACUGCGGUUCUGUGUCCAAGUUACAUUUAUGACUUUAAUCAUAAAGGACUUGCCUAUCGGAAGUGUGAUGACAAUGGGAACUGGGAGUACGUUGAAAGCCUAAAUAGGACGUGGACUAAUUACACUGAAUGCAUCACGUUCCUGCAACCCGACACCCACAGAGAAGAAUUCUUUGAACGAUUGUAUAUAAUGUACACUGUGGGGUACUCUGUGUCACUUGGCUCAUUGACUGUAGCGAUUCUGAUCAUAGGGUACUUCAAAAGGCUCCAUUGCACCCGGAACUACAUCCACAUGCACCUGUUUGUCUCCUUCAUGCUCAGAGCCAUCAGUAUUUUUGUCAAGGACAAAGUGGUACAUUUUAAUUUGGAAACCCAGGACAGUGACUCUCUUUCAGUGGAGGAUCUGAAAACUAUGACAGGCACCCUGUUGACCGAUAAAUCUCAUUAUGUGGGAUGUAAGAUUGCCGUCAUGCUGUUUCUGUAUUUCUUGGCCACAAACUACUACUGGAUCCUUGUGGAAGGCCUUUACCUGCACUGUCUUAUACUGAUGGCUUUUCUCUCGGACAGAAAGUACCUGUGGGGUUUCACUCUAAUAGGAUGGGGAGUUCCAGCAAUCUUUCUGGUGGCUUGGGCCAUUGUUAGAGCAAAGUUGGCUGAUGAAAGAUGCUGGGAUUUAAACGUAGGCAAUUAUAACUGGAUUUAUCAAACACCAAUUCUUUUGGCUAUUGUGGUCAAUUUCAUGCUGUUUGUAAACAUCGUUCGAGUUCUGGCUACUAAGCUACGCGAGACAAAUGCCGGGCGAUAUGAUACUAGGAAACAGUACAGGAAACUGGCAAAAUCCACCCUGGUUCUUGUGUUUGUGUUUGGAGUGCACUACAUUGUGUUUGUAGGCAUACCUCAUACCUUCACUGGGCUGGCGUGGGAAAUCCGCAUGCACUUUGAACUUUUCUUCAAUUCCUUUCAGGGAUUUUUUGUUGCGGUCAUAUACUGUUUCUGCAACGGAGAGGUUCAGACAGAGAUUAAAAAGACGUGGACAAGGUGGAGCCUUUCCAUGGACUGGAACGGGAAGACCAGCUGUGGGAGUUACCGCUAUGCCUCGGUGUUGACCAACAUGACUAACAGCAGCACAAGCCAGGCACAGGGAAAUGGGCGAAUGCCAUUGAUGCCGCGCAAAACAUUUAAAAACGGGGCGAAGAAAGAAAGUGGCCACUUAAUAUUACCCGGGUACGUGAGGAGCAACUCUGACCCAGACAGUUUACCACCGUCCAUUCCCGAAGAGAACAAAAGUGAAGUCAACGCAGUCGAUGUCAUUUACCUGAAAGAAUCCUCGGGACCCACGCUUGAGGAAAACAUAGAAGAGCAUGAAGACACAGUGUAA